AUGUUAGGGUUUGGUGAUCUUGGAGGCCCAAAGCUUUCUGCUGCUGAAGAAUACUCACUUUAUUCAAGAUAUCUUGCUAAAGCCAAUUCUAUUAAUCUUUCUGAAAUAGUAGAAACUGGUGAUCUUUGCAAGUAUUGGGAUUUGAGACAACAGAAUCCAGUCCACACACAACUACCUGAUCGUUGCUAUGGACUUACAAUGAGACAUCCUUUGAUGGUUGUUGCAACAGCAGAUAGAAAUCUUGUAGCAUUCAACUUACAAAACCCUCAGACACCUAAAAUUACCAGAUUACUUAGGGAAGCAGGAGAAUGUGGAGCCAAAAUUGUUACAGGGGUAGAAAUGUUUAUAGGGCAAGCUUAA